AUGUCAGGAACAAGGUUUUCCGUGGUGCAUGGUGAGCCUCAACUGGUGGUGCCAGCAGGACCAACUCCGCGAGAAUUAAAAAGCCUCUCGGACAUAGACGACCAAGAAGGGCUACGUCGGUUUCUGCUUCCGGUGAUAAUGUUCUACAAAAAGAGUGCAGUUAUGGAAGGAAAACACCCUGCAACAGUUAUAAGACAUGGUUUGGGUGAAGCACUUGUGCACUACUACCCACUUGCAGGUAGGUUGAGAGAAGGGCAUAACAGAAAGCUAAUGGUGGAUUGCAGUGGUGAGGGCAUCUUGUUUAUUGAAGCUGAGGCUCAUGUUUCUCUCCACCAGCUUGGGGGUUCCAUUCUCAAAGACCUUCUUCUUCACGUUCCUGGAUCACAACAAAUCAUUCCAUGCCCUCUGCUGCUGCUUCAGGUAACCCAUCUAAGAUGUGGAGGAUUCGUUUUCGCCGUCCGCAUGAACCACACAAUAUGCGAUUCACUCGGGCUUGUCCAAUUUCUCACCAUGGUCGGUGACAUUGCAAGAGCUGCUCCUAUUUCAAAGUUCCCUGUGUGGCAAAGAGAACUAUUCAGUGCAAGGGACCCACCAAGAAUCACUUUCCCACACCACGAAUACGAGGAUGAAUCCCAACAUUGCAACAAAGAAACAUGGGACAGCCACGAAAUGGCCCACGAGUCAUUUUUGUUUGGGCCCAAAGAGAUUGCAUUCCUUCGGAAUAAUCACCUUCCUCACCACCUAAGGAAAUGCUCCACUUUUGAGAUACUCUCUGCUUGUUUGUGGAAAUGUCGCACCAUAGCACUUGGGAUGAACCCAAAUGAGACAGUGGGCUUGUCACCAUUUAUCACAGCUCAAUUCAUUCAUACCGUUGGACCUGCCAACAAAGAAGUCCCUGAGUCUGCAAUGGCUGAACAACCAUCAGCAUAA